GUUGCUAGGUAUGUGCUGUUACAGCUUGAAGCUUGUGCUCGUCCUGAGACCAGCAUGUGCUCUGUCCAAAUCCCCCAGCGCGUUUCAAAGUCCCGUCGACUGCUGGCCGUCUCAUGCCGAGGCCACCUGGAGACAGUACUCCCCGACUCUGCCCCUUUAUGCAAUGUCUUCACCCCAAAAUACAUUCCUAUAUCUGACGCUCGACCUUCUUGCCCGCUCGCUGCAGCACGCCCUCUGCCGGUAGAAGCACCGCUCAAGGCCAUUGGAGCCCAUGUUCCAGCUGUCCGAAUCAGGCCUUCCAUGGCCUGGUUCGGCAUGUCAAGAUGGGCAGUCCGUCUCUCGCCGCACCUGACAGGACAGCAGUGCCCGUAGCGCGCCCUAUGGCCCGACUUUCCCAUCCUCACUCUGCCUAUAUCCAGUCUGCCAUGAUAAAGUGCGUUUAGGCUUUGGGCUUGGGCUAACUUGAUUCAUGUCUUGUGGGCGAACCACCUACCUCUCACAGGGCAGGUAAAUAGCUGGACAUUAAUAUUCACUAGAGUGCAUACAACACGAA